CCAAAUCCCUAAUUUUUGAACCAUAAAAAUCCCCAUCUCUCUCGUCUCUCUCUCUCGACUGUAAGCAAGGCAGACGACGGCGUCGAGCCAUAUCAUCGAUCAAUCCUUCAUGUAUCUCUCUUUCUCUCUCUCUUCAUCCCUGUAUCUCUCUUGACGAUACAACACUUCAACCCCAGAACCAGAAACCCUAACCUCCUAUUCAUCAUCAUGAACAGAUCAAACCUCCACAGACUGCUCCACACUCGAUCCAAUCUUCCACAUCAUAUACGGUCCAAACCAUACACGGUUACACUUCCUCUCUCUCUCCCCUCUGCCUCCGACGCCACCGCUACUGCCACUGUGACUACCGCGCCACCGCCAUCACCUCUGUUACCGCCCUCUCUCUCUCUCUCGCUCAAAAACCCAUUGGAUUUGAAGCUCAGAAACCCUCACUCUUAAUCGAUCGCUCAGAUUUGUUCUGCGAAGAAAGGCCUCUACUCCUUGGGAAUGUUGGUAUGGGUGCUAGACAAUGCACUUAUUAUCAGAAAUCUACCCCAGGCGACCAAACUGGGAACUUGUUGCGUAAUGGAAACACAGUUUGGGGAGUGUCCUCAUACUUGAUCCUGCUGAUAAAUCUCCUUUCCUUGGAGAUAUAAAAGCUGGCUGCUGCCAAUCAUGUCUUGAAACUAACAUGUGUAGGGCUCCUAUAUUUCCUCAUAAGGUGUCAUCAACUGACUAUUUGUUGGUUCGUUCUGCAAAGGGAAAGAUUUCAAUAAGACGGAUUGACAGGCUUGAUGUUGUUGGACAACAGAGAGGAUCAAGUGGACAGCUGUAUUGGAUCAUGAGACGUAAUUUCCGCAUUCCAUUGGAGGAGGAACUGAGAAGGAUGGUGAUGCCAGAGAAUGUUUGUGCCUAUGAAAGCAUGCUAGCUGGACUGUGCAAGCUCAAACAGUUAGGAAUUACAAGGCUGACUAAUUCCAAUGGCCUCUCGUCUGCAAUGAAUCAACUCCCUGAUGAAGCUAUUGCUUUAGCUGCUGCAUCACACAUCGAGAGGGAACUGCAAAUAACUCCAUGGAGCUUGAGUAGUAACUUUGUUGCCUGUACUAGUCAGGUACUGCGAAGAAAGGCCUCUACUCCUUGGGAAUGUUGGUAUGGGUGCUAGACUAUGCACUUAUUAUCAGAAAUCUACCCCAGGCGAUCAAACUGGGAACUUGUUGCGUAAUGGAAACAACAGUUUGGGGAGUGUCCUCAUACUUGAUCCAGCUGAUAAAUCUCCUUUCCUUGGAGAUAUAAAAGCUGGCUGCAGCCAAUCAUGUCUUGAAACUAACAUGUAUAGGGCUCCUAUAUUUCCUCAUAAGGUGUCAUCAACUGACUAUUUGUUGGUUCGUUCUGCAAAGGGAAAGAUUUCAAUAAGACGGAUUGACAGGCUUGAUGUUGUUGGACAACAGGUAACAUUGGUAUAUCUGUAGCCAAUUAUUUGUUUUGUUUUAUGUGCACACUAGUUUUUCUCUCCUUGUACUAUAUCUGCAUGUGAAUGCAGUAUCAGGUGCAGGGGACUUCUUGAAUUAUUAUGUCUAGGCAUUUGGUGUCCUUUGAAUGGAAGGCUCUAGGCAGUUAUUGUGUGAUUAAAGUGUGUUCUGUAUAUGAACAGACAUUUAUAUGGUGUCCCUGAUAUGGAUUGAUGUUAUGUAUUCAUUAGUAUAAGAUGUGGAAAUUAGUUUUUUGUUUUUUUG